UCGGAGGGUUAGGGUUUUGAUUUUCAAACGAUUAAGCAGAUAGAAUUUCAAAUGAAGAGAAAAAGUUCCCAAAUCAACAUCGAAGAUCGAUCUCCGAUCCGAUCUUCGUUUGCAAGAGGUUUCUACGGAGUUAAGAGCUCUAAAGCUCGAUUAAACGCUACGUCUAGAGAAACCCAAGGUAUUGACAAUGGUGAAUUGCAAGAAUCUCCAUCAGUUCCUAUACAAAGAAAUCAGGCUCCAAGAUCUGAUGACCCCAAAACAUCAGAAUUUGCUUUCUUCAAGAAAUUAAAGGAAGAUGCAGCUCAUAAUUCUCUUCCCCAUUCACUGUCUCAAAAUAAAAACCAAUCUGUAAAGUUCAAAUCAACUGAUUGUUCGAGAGAGAGAGCCAGUGUUAUCGAGAAUAAACAUAAUGAUUUCAAGUCCUCAUCGCUUCCUAAAAAUGUAACACCUGAUAAUUUUGCCUCAUUCCUCUCACCACUUGGUAAUUCAUCGAAGAAGUCAGGGGUAGACAUAAAGAAAUCUAGUACAACCUGGAUAGAUAUACACAGUGCACAGGAAAAAGUGAAGGAAUAUGGUAAUGCGUUAAGAGGGAAUCGAUGCAGCAAUGCUGACGUCUUUACCAGAAAAAGACAGAAACUACGUCAAUUGGUUGCAAAUACCUCGUUUCCUGAAGUUGAUAAACUCUGUUCUAAGGGGUAUGAUAUUGUCUCUGCAUUGCUCAGUAAGCUGUUCCCUGAGAGCAAUGAGGACCAGAGUUUUGGGCUUUUAGAGACGAGGAAAUUGGACAUUGAUGCCAAAUCCAGGUCAUUUACUUCUCCAGAGUCAGAUAUGGACUUCAAGAAAUCUGAUUGGAUGCCUAAAAGGAAUUUUUUGGAACUUGAAUGUGGGGCCUCCUUUGAUGUUGAAUUCUCAUCUUGUUGGUCUGAAAUACCCAGAGCGCUUCCAAAUCCCAACUCUCCGGGCUGUUAUUUUCAGACAACUUAUUCUGACAACAGAAUAAUGGAGGUUGAUCAUGAGAUAGGAGAAAGAACCGCUCCAAUUUUAUGCACUAAAGUUGAUUCAGCUUUUGAUUUCCAUAUCAAUAGACAUAGAUCUCUUACAAUGGGGCAUCUCAAAGAGUUUGAUGAAUUCCAUUAUCCUAUCAAAACUGUGCACAGAAAGCCCCAGGCUCUUCUGCUUGGUGGCGAGUUAGAUAACGCGAUAAAUAAAGAGCUGAGCUUGUGUCCCGUCCUGUCAGGUUCAUAUGGCAACGAUCUCCAGCUGAAUCUCGAUAACCAUGUCAUUUCGGGUGGAUUAACUGCGUCUUCACUUCAGUUCGCCCCUUCAACAAGCAACAACAGUGAUAAUUUUGAAGAAUGUUUUCUUCAAGUUAAGGAUGACAACAUUGUUAAAGUUAUUAACAAUUUUUUGUUACCCUUAUCACAUGCAGCAAACCAUCUGAAUUCGAGUGAUUAUUAUCGUUACGACACCACAUUCAAAGAUAGCCGGGUCUUGCUUUCUCCUCAAAACCACCUUUGGUUUAUCAGAAAGGAACUGAAUGAGGACCAUUAUUGUCUCAACAAAGAAGCAUUAUUCUCCCCUGGACUAGAUUUUUAUCUAGAGCCAAAGUGCGUACUACCAGUAAGAGAUUCUUUAAAAGAUGAUUACUCAUAUGCUUGCCCUGCUCUUGAAUUUCAUCGAAACGAAGGCCUAUCUUCAUACUAUCUGCUUGGAGAUGAGAAUGCAAAUUGCUUAGAUGGUUUAAGUAAUAAAAAGAUCAUGAACGAUGAAACGGUUAAUUUCAAUGACUGGUCCACCUUUUAUUUCGAAAAGAAGGUAUGUUCUUUGUUACUCGAUAAAUCAAACAGAUAUGAAUCUGAAGGAGAUAUAUAGUGUGAUGUCAAACCAAGUGAAAUAUGAAGUUUCCUAUGGUGUAUUUUUGUCCUUGCUUUGUAAAAAAAUAUUAUAUCGCCUCGAGGCUAACGGGUUACAAUUUCAAGAGAGUUUUGAAGGUAGGCUUACAUAUAUGUUUUACGGGGUAUUGCUAUGGAUGUGAUCCGCAACAGAAAGCUUUUGAAGCGGCUUUUAGUGUUUUAACUAAACGUUAUUUUUUUUUUUUAUUCGGUAAUAUAGUGUUUAAA